GGGUAGCCCGCCUCAUCCGAUGAAGAUGUUCGCGCAGGUGGGAAGAGUCAUGCCGGCGGCAGACAUACUGGAAAUGAAAAAACUCGGCAACGGUCAAGUACUGCCAUCUCACGUGAACUUAUUCUGGUCGCGGCAUGAGGUGCGCCCCUCAUGUUCCGAGGGCCCGGAUUUGUUACUCAUGCUUCAGAGCGGGUCACGUCAGCGCAUCCUGCCGUAGCACGCCCAGAUGCCUCUAUUGCGGUGAGCAUCUCCCCACGUCUCCUACCUGCCCGAUACUGCUUAAUCAAAAAAGAAUGCUCACGAUGGCCGCAGAGCACAACAUCCCCUUAAUUGAAGCGAAGAAAAGAGUCGCUAGCUCCAGCUCAACAGGUAUCAGCACUGGCCUUUCGUCUAACUCGGCGUCGUUUCCAUGUAGUCCGUUCGCCUCGCAUAACAGGUUUGACGUCUUGAAUAACCACUCAUCCGACUUUCCCCCAGAUAGCGGCGUGUCUUAUGCGCAAAUAGUGGCAGGCGCCCCACGUCGGCAACAAGCUCAAAAUAAUAGCCCCUCGCACUCUUCUUCGUCUGGUGAUCGCAACUUUGCAAAGCGGCCCCCUCCGCGCCCAGAAAGGAUAGGUCAAGAAUUUAUGACGUCCUCAAACGGCCGAACACCUUCUUUUUCGGGCAACGGAACGGCCUUCUCGCAGGCUUUCACGCCUGACUAUGCUGACUUCCACGGCACUCCUUCUCUCGACGCAGGUAAUGCUAACACCGGUUUUGGGGUUGUCGCCGAAAUUCUAAAUGCACUCGGGUUUAAUGGCGUAUCCGACGUUUCAUCCAUCCUUCAACAGAUUGUAUCUCUCAUCAGGUUAAUAUCUCCUGCAUUUAACAAAAUUAAGCAAAUCUUGGAACUUCUCAAUUCCAGCAGUCUUUCGCCUUCGCAUCAGCAGGUUUUUCGCUCUGCCUCCCCGCAAGGUUACCCGUCGUCGGAAAGGACGACUCACUACCCCUAUCCCUAA